CCCAUCACAUUCACAUAUAAAGUUUGUCACUUCCACUUCCCUUCCUGUGAUCCUUUUGAUACGUAUGUAUUUGAUCAUGAAUCAUGCUUCUCCUCUUUUGAUACGUAUGUAUUUGUUUCUUCAAUAGCUAAACACAGUCAAUGAGACGCUUCUCAAACCAUGUUUCUCCUUUUAUGACACUAAAUGGUUGGUAUCUUGUGUCCUUAGUGGUUUAUCACAUGACAAGUUCCAAUCGCACUGGGUCUAUUUUCUAUUAUUAUUCAGGAUAAAAUUCAUUGGGUUUUGUGCAGUUUGGUUUUCCCAAUACAUUUGACCUUAAGCUUCUUUGUUUUUUUUUUUUUUCCCUCUCCUCCUUAACAUAAGGUAUUAUAACGAACCAGCUGAUUUGGAUUUUGUGUCAUUCAAGUCAUUGGUUGAGACUUGAGCAAGGAAGGUUAGAGUUGUGAGAGCAGAGAGAGGUUUCUUUCAGUUAAGUUCAGAUUUGCCUGUGUGACUGAUAAUAGUAAAAAGUUGAAAUGGGGAAUCUUAGUUGGAUGUUGGACAAGUUCUGUAUUUCUUCUUGUUCAAAAACCUGUUUCUGUGUAAAUUCCAUGGAAUUUGAAGAUGAGUUUGAGAGUAAGGCUUUGAUUGCAAGUGACAGUGAUCAUAAACUAAGACUGAAGGAUGUAGUUGAUGGAAAGCAGACAUUGGCUUUUCAAUUGAAACCCAAGAUAGUGAUAUUGAGGGUGUCCAUGCAUUGCCAUGGCUGUGCAAAAAGAGUUGAGAAACAUAUCUCAAAGCUGGAAGGAGUGAGCUCAUACAAGGUAGAUCUGGAAACCAAAAUGGUAAUGAUUUGUGGCGACAUUCUUCCUUUGGAAGUGUUGGAAAGUGUAUCCAAGGUUAAAACUGCAGAGCUUUGGAAUUCUCCAUGCUAGUAAUAAGGAAAAUUUCUGCACAAAACACCAUCAGCGUCACCAGAUUCUACAAAAGUCAUUUUUGUUGUUAUUAUUUUAUUAUACUAUUAAUAGUUAAUACCCCGUGUCAUGUUCCAGCAAGUCUCUUGCAGGAAACAAAAAGAAGAAAAAAAAAAUACAUUUAUGUCUCUCCCUCUCUUUAGUACAUUUGGCUUUGACAUUAAUGGCUACAAAAUUCACUAUUGUCAAGUUGCACCCUGAAAAUUUAUAGUAAUCUCUCUAUUCUUCAUUUUA